CAGUGGCCCACGCACAAACCCUUCCCCCCUCUCAAGUACUGCCAAACCAUUCAAAUUUAGGAAGCACAGUCUUCAAUCAAUGUCGAACAAUGGCAACACUCUGUACAACAAUCUCUUCUCUUCGCUGAUUUCCGACAUCAAAUCCUAUAAUGGGAUUGAUCCUCUCCUCCCUUGGCUCCGUGGGAUAAGAAAGAUGAAGGAGACGCUGCCGCCUCAGCUUCUGAAGGAGAAGCUGCCUCGAUUUCUCCAGAAAUGCUCCGAGACUUUCCUGACUGACCGCCGUUACUCCAAUGAUUUGCGAUACCUUCGCGUUUGGUUGCAGUUGAUGGAUUUUGUGGAUGAUCCAAAAGCAAUUCUGAAAACAAUGGAGAUGAAUCAGAUUGGGAUGAAGAAGUCUUUGUUUUACCAGGCAUACGCUCUCUAUUAUGAGAAAUUGAAGAAGUUUGAUGCAGCUGAGAAGAUUUAUCAUUUGGGAGUGCAAAACCUUGCAGAGCCUGCUGAUGAGUUGCAAAAGUCAUUUGAGCAGUUUCUAAGUCGUAUGGAGCGACAUAAAAAUAAGAGAGUUCAGGGAGGGAAAACAAACAGCGAAGUACUGAAUCAUGAGGUUAGAGGUUGUAAAGAGGACUCACACAGAGUUCAUGGUCAGACUGCACAUAUUUGGAAUGAACGGAAUUUUCCCGAGACACAAGCUAAAUUUGUAAAUAUUCGUAACAAGAUAGCUCCAUCACAAAGUUGUCAAACUGAAAUGCCAAUGAGAGAAGCAAAUCAUAACCACAUGGCAGCAAAAUCCUGUAAUGUUGGACAACUUGGUGAUCAACCUCCUCUAAAGUUGGUAAUGAGUGAUUCUGGAGUCAAUGUAAAACUAGAGGAAGACAAAAGCCGAAGGUUUUGUAGUGAUGAUACAGUUGUAGUGAAGUUUGUAGAUACUGCCAUUGUUGGGAAAUCUUAUGCAGAAGAUGCACGACAUCAUGGUCUUGUGGAACCUACUAUUAACACUAAAGAGGCCAUGAAUGCCAUCAACAGCAUGUUCCGAGAGCCAUUAGAGCCAUCAGUUGCUGGGAGGACAAGGAGAAACCAGUCCACUACUAGUAACAAUGUGAAAAAUGGAUUUAAUGUUUUCACUGAUGAAAGUUUAGAGACUGACUUCCGAUCAGCACAGCAGAGAGAAGAUCCAUCAAGGACCCAACUUAAGGGAGUUGAUGUGGAUCAGCCUCUGGAGACAUCAUUUGAAAUAUAUGUUGACAGUGAGGAAACCAAUGAUGUUAAAGAGAAAGUCAAUGAGAAAGGUAUACAAGCUCACAAUGCAAGCAGUUUCAGUAGGAAUGUGUUUGGUAAAUCAGAUGAUCAUCCUUCAGACUGUUUUAAAGAUCCGAAACCUAGGAGUGUGCACCAAGCUGGACCCCGGGAGGAUACAGUUGUUUAUAGGUUUGUGGGAUCAACCAUCUCAGAUGAACCUGAAGUGGAAAAUGUUUGGCACCAUGGCCUUGUAGAUCCCACCAUUAAUUUUAAGGAGGCUAUGAAAGAUAUUAAUAGCAUGUUUGGAAAGCCAAUAGAAUUUGUGAGGAAAAGCAGGCCCAAGAAACACGAUAGAGCACCUGAUGUGAAGAAUAAUUGUGAAGAGUUUCUGAUUCUUCCUGAUGAUGAUGAACCAGAAAACAAAAAGGUUGAAGAUGAUAUUGGUUGCAUGUUCCAGAAACCAUUAGGGUUUGAAAUGAGAUGCAACCGCAGGAAUUUAGACAAAGAGCCGGAUGUGAUGAACAACCAGGGUGGGUUUUUGAUACUUCCUGAUGAUGAAUUAGAUAAUCAACAAGAUAGCUCCUUGCCGAGCUCAUCUACCAGAAAUGGUAAUGAUUUGUUUGAACAAACUCUCUGCACAAAAGAGGCAAUGGAUGAAAUCAACAAACUGUUUGCAAUGCCAAUGGAUUUCUAAAAUCCUAUAACACUAAUGGUGGCAGCUUGAAUAGGCUUGGAUCCCUCCACAGUCCAUGUUCCAUAGUGCUUGCAGCUUUGGCAGUAGACGGUUCCUUCCACCACCACAUCAACAGCCUUCUCCGCCACUUUUGGUGGCUGUGG